AAAGCGGAAAGAUGUGCUCCAUAGUCGUCCUGCUCUCUCUUGGACUCUAUGCUGCUGUGGACAGUGCCACGCCUCCAGCCUGUCAACCUGAGGCAAAGGACCAAGUGGCAUGGGAGAUGGCAAAGGCAAUAGCGAAAGACCGCUUCUAUGUGUUCCAAUCAACUGUCAGCGGGUCUUCAAACUGCAUACACAUGGAGUUCAAUCAAACCGACGAAAUGAAUCACACGGGGACAUUCCUCGUCGGUAAUGGAGAAAAGACAGUUGCAACAAUCGUUAUUGCGGAGGGCAACCAGUUCGUGAUGGUUGGUGCUGAAGAGAGUUCCUGUCCUGUACUGUACACCGAUAACUCUACCUGCGGUGUAGUCGCUUCACCAGAUGAGGAAGAAAUCGUCCUCUUGGUCGCUAACAGAACUGCCCUAACGGCUUCCUUCGAUACGUGUUGCAAGGAAAUCUUCGAAAGGGAAGCGAAAAGGAAGCCGAACCCUGAGACGUACCGCCAGUUCUCCGAAAACUGCCUUGGUUCUUCGUGAACUCAUGGUGCUUCGACAAACUUUCUUUUUCGGGAGGGAAACGAGCUCGAUGUGAAAUAAAGGAAAAGAAAUGUAA